AUGCGACGGCAACCGGGGCCUGUCGUGAGACCUGACGACGGGAAAGAGGGAAAGCUCACGUUGGCUAAGACAUUCUGCUCCGGUAAUGAAGCGAAUGUUGGGUAUCUUGAUAGCUGGGUGCAGGCGACUUGGACCUCUCGGCGGGCGACGCCUUCUUCGCCAAUCGUGCCCCCGCCAUCCGCUCCGGCACCGUCGUCGUCGCAACCUCCUCCUCCUCCGCCGCCAGCGCCCUUCUCUGUGAACGCUCCUGCACAGUCGGCGACCAGCAUUCACCUGCCUGUGGGAAGUAUCUUUGCCUGCAAGACCAAGCUUGCCACCAGAAGCCGCAGAGUAAAGGUCAACGUGGGCUUCAUCAAUGGUGAUGCACGUCACUACCGGGCCUUUGGCUCUAUCAGGAAGCUCGGGUUACUGAGCUUGUGUUGA